AUGUAUCACCUGAGGGUGCCUGUGCUUCUCCUCAUACUGCUUGUGUUGCUGCGCUGCGUCACCGCCGCCCCAAGCUACAGGUACUUCAGUCCCGGCUCAUCCAGCGAGCAGGAAAGUGCUCUCCCAGACAGUGACGGCUGGUUAGCCCCUGGGCUCAUCUCUAACCCGUUCCUUGGCCUCAUAGGUACACGACCGCAGAGGGGGCUCACAGCUAUGAACAGCCACCACAUACAGAAGAGGAAGUGCAACACAGCCACCUGCGUCACCCAAAGGCUAGCAGACUUCCUGGUCCGCUCCAGCAACACUAUCGGUACCGUCUACGCACCGACUAACGUGGGAUCUGCCACCUACGGCAAGAGGGACCUACUGCAGCCUCCCAGCUACCUCCCUCUCUAGUACCGACUGAGGAACCUCCACCUGCACUCCCAGUGCUCUGAUGAUAUAACCAGACAUCUUAUGUAACAAAUAUUAUGCCGUUACUAAAGAUAAUGGUGAUGACGAAGAUCAUGAACAGAGUUUUGUUGUUUAUUUUAAAAACCUUAAGAAACAGUGCCUUUAAUUUGAACCAUCAAAGUCAAUAUAUGUUUUUUUCCUGGCUUUGUGUGUGUUGUGGCUCUGUUAAUGCUGUUUCACGAUGGCAUGAUGUGAAUAUAAUAAUACCUUGAAGUAAAUGACA